AUGGAAUCCUUUCUUACCGUCCUGGCAACCACGCUCUGCGUCGCUAAUGCUCAACUGAUCUCCCGCGACAAUACCACGCUGAACUCUCCGGCGUCUUUACAGUCCAAUCUCACCCGAUAUGCAAUUCUUGAUAAUGACUGGAGUCCAACGGCAUUCAUACCAUAUCUUUUGGCUUUAGGAGCUGGGAUGGAGGUUCUGGGUCUAGCCAGUGGUACAGCUGAUACCUGGGUCGACCAGACUACUCUGCACGGACUUGCAAUCCUCGAAAGAGGAAACCUGUCCUGCAUUCCCGUGGUAAAAGGCGAGACAUAUCCUCUGAUACAGACAUAUCAACGAUUUCAGCUAUGGCAACAACUUUGGGGGAGUGUAGAAUGGCAAGGAGCGUUUGCCCCGGAAAACCUGACCGCUCAGUCUUUGGGCAAUGACCCCACAGGCAACGAUCCAUCUCAAAUAUCAAGAUCCGCGUUCAUAGAGGGUUAUCCAAAUAUCAGCGCUCUCGAAGGAUACAGCGCUGCUCAAUUUAUGGUGGAACAAGUGCAUAAGUACCCCGGCCAGGUGUCGAUUUAUAGUGCCGGCUCGUUGACGAACAUCGCCACCGCCAUCCGCCUCGACAGCACCUUCGCCAGCACCGCCAAAGAACUCGUCAUCAUGGGCGGCUACGUCGACCUCAACCUCUACCAACUCCAAUCCGCCCAAGCCGAAGACAUCGGCUCCGACAUCAAUUUCCUCAUCGACCCCGAAGCCGCCCACAUCGCCGUCACGGCGCCUUUCCCUUCCAUCACCAUCGCUGGAAACGUGGCGAAUAAGCAGUACUUGUCUCAGAGCAUGCUCGAUCGCAUCACAUCGAAUGACAAUGCUUAUGCGCAGCUGAUGAAAGGUUAUGAUAUCGCAUUGCCGCUAUGGGACGAGACGGCGGCUGCCAUCAUGGCGUUUCCGGAUCUGGUUACGAGUCAGGUGAAGGCGUACAUGGAUGUUAAUACGGCUUUCGACUGUCCGGAUUUGGGCAGGACGCAUUUGUGGUCGAAGGAAUUUGCGCCGAGUCAUACGAGGGAGGUGAAUUAUGUUCUUGGUAUCAAUCAGACGGCGUUUUUUGAACAUGUCGAGCAAGUGUUGAUGGACCCUGCGUCGUGUCGCUGA